GUUCGUUUCCCCGCGCCUGCGCCUGCGCAGAGGCCCGCCCCGCCCCGAGGCUAUGAAAGGCGCUGGGCGCGCGCUCCCGGGUCUGCACUCGGCGUCCCUCCGCGCAGGCGGGCGGCCCCGGGGAGCUCGUGCCUGAGCAGGCGGCGACGGCGGCGCCCCCUACUCAUCAUGAACAGAGGCUUCUCCCGAAAGAGCCACACGUUCCUGCCUAAGAUCUUCUUCCGCAAAAUGUCAUCGGGAGCCAAGGACAAGCCUGAGCUGCAGUUCCCCUUCCUGCAGGAUGAGGAGACGGUGGCCACGCUGCAGGAAUGCAAGACGCUGUUCAUUCUUCGCGGCCUGCCGGGCAGUGGGAAAUCCACGUUGGCCCGGCUCAUCGUGGACCGCUACCACGACGGCACCAAGAUGGUGUCUGCCGACGCUUACAAGAUCACCCCCGGUUCCCGGGGGAACUUCUCCGAGCAGUACAAGCAGCUGGAUGAGGACCUGGCUGCCUGUUGCCGCCGGCAUACCCGGGUCCUGGUGCUAGACGACACCAAUCAUGAGCGCGAGCGGCUGGAGCAGCUCUUUGAAAUGGCCGAUCAGUACCAGUACCAGGUGGUGCUGGUGGAGCCCAAGACAGCGUGGCGGCUGGACUGUGCCCAGCUCAAGGAGAAGAACCAGUGGCAGCUGUCAGUUGACGACCUGAAGAAGCUGAAGCCAGGGCUGGAGAAGGACUUCCUGCCACUCUACUUUGGCUGGUUCCUGACCAAGAAGAGCUCCGAGGCUCUCCGCAAGGUGGGCCAGGCCUUCCUGUCUGAGCUGGGGAACCACAAGGCCUUCAAGAAGGAGCUUCGACACUUCAUUUCUGGGGACGAGCCCAGGGAGAAACUCGAUUUGGUCACCUACUUUGGGAAGAGACCCCCUGGUGUCCUGCACUGCACAACCAAGUUCUGCGACUAUGGGAAGGCCACCGGGGCCGACGAGUAUGCCCAGCUGGACGUGGUGAAAAAGUCUUACUGCAAGGCCUUCACGCUGACCAUCUCGGCACUCUUCGUGACUCCCAAGACCACCGGAGCCCGGGUGGAGCUGAGUGAGCAGGAGCUGCUGUUGUGGCCAAAUGACGUGGACAAGCUGGCCCCCGCAGACAGCCUACCACGGGGCAGCCGGGCUCACAUCACUCUGGGCUGCGCGGGCGACUGGGAGGCCGUGCAGACGGGCAUCGACCUCCUGGAGAUCGUGCGGCAGGAGAAGGGGGGGACCAAGGGCGAGGAGGUGGGUGAGCUGGCCCGAGGCAAGCUCUACUCCUUGGGCAACGGGCGCUGGAUGCUGAACCUGGCCAAGAAGAUGGAGGUCAGGGCCAUCUUCACGGGCUACUAUGGGAAGGGCAAGCCCGUGCCCACCCACGGCGGCCAGAGGGGGCACACUGUGCUGUCCUGUGCCAUCCUCUGAGCAGGCGUCCUCAGCCUCUCACUCUGAGUGGAGGUGGUACCCUGUUCGAGCUUGGUUUUCAGAUUCUUUUUGUUACUCCACGUUAACCUUCCGGUAAUGUUAGACACAAGGAGAAGUAACUGCUCCCCUCUCCCACGCACGUCUCCCCUCUAACCCUCCAGCUGUAUGCACAGCGGGGUGGGCAGACUGCCCUCCAGGGACCUCAUCCCAAGCUGAUGAGGUCAGACUGAGCUGGGCCUGGUGCCACAGCCGCCACCGAGUCCUGCUCCAGUUCUUGGAGCCCCCCCAGCCGCCCUGUGCCUGCCUGUCCCCCACUCUGGUCAGAGCCGCAGGGCCCUACACGGCGGUCUCCACGGCCAUGGAGAACAGUGGUGGGGUUGAGGGGAGGGUCCCUGGGCUCCCGCCCAUUCCCUAAUCAGCACAGCCCCAAGGAGGUGGGGUUAUCUGCCAGGCUUUCCACCUGACCUCUGUCCCCUGCUUCACCCCGUAACAGGUAACUGUGGUAGCUAGGAAAGAAGACAGGCAAUAGCAGCCCAUCCCGGCCACCUCCUGGCCCCCCCAAGCUCUCCCUCCUGCAGUGUGGUGCUGUGAUGGAGGCCAGAGGUGUGACCUCAGGGGGAAGCUCCAGCUUUGCUACCCACCCAGCCAUCCUGUCUCCUUGGUGCCUCGGGAAGCCUCAGUGCCUCCUGUAAGGGCUGAUGGAACGGACUCCUCUGGGCUAUUAAGGUCCAAGCCUAACCAGGUGCCUUUGGGAAGGGAACUAACACUGCCAUGUGUACUGUGGUCUCUGGGAUGCUGUCCCCCCACCCCACUACUCUGCUCGGUUAACAGGGCCUUGCUAAUCAGGAUGUCACCCGACAAAAGUGCUUGGGACUUAAGUUACUAUGGUGGCUUUGCCCAACCUCAGCGACCUGUAAGACUGCUAAUGAAUAAACCACGUUAAUCCCG